CAUGGUACAAUGCUCUAUUCCCAUAGCAUUAGUAAAGAGAAGUGUUGUGGUGACUACUUCACGAUGAAGUAACAGCUGUUGGAAAUGCAAGCUGGGACUAAACCGUCCAGUGUUUGUGUAUCGGAGUUUUUAUGUAUUUCUGCGAGGACCAUGAUGUGACUUUGCAGUACCACAUUUGGACUACUAUGUUAAAAAGUGUUCGAUUUUCAGCAUGAACUACAGUGGAUCAAGCCUUGUAAUUACAUGUUUUAGUGAAAAUAUAUAAUGUCAGGCAUGAAAAGCCUUCAGACUGAGCCCAUCCCAUCUUCUGUAGCCACUGCAGCAGCAAAUGGAAACUCAACUGUUGCUUUGCGUCCAACUAGAAAGAAGACUCGAGGAAAUUCAACAAUGAGCAGACGAAGGAUUUCCUGCAAAGACCUUGGCCAGGCAGACUUCCAGGGAUGGCUGUAUAAGAAGAGAACCAGCAAGGGAUUAAUUGGCAGCAAAUGGAAAAAGUAUUGGUUUGUUCUGAAAGGGACCUGCCUUUAUUGGUAUACAAAUCAAUUAGCAGAGAAAGCUGAAGGUUUCCUUAGUUUACCAAAGUUCAAGAUCGAUCAAGGAACAGAGUGCAAAAAGAAACAUGCGAUAAAGGCAAGCCAUCCACAGUUCAAGAAGUUCUAUUUUGCUGCAGAGAAUGCUGAUGAAAUGAGCAAGUGGAUCAAUAAAAUGGGUUUAGCUGCUAUUGAGUAUGUUCUUCCAGCUUCGGAUUCAAAAAAUGGAGAAUGUUGGAGUGAGAGUGAGCAAGAAGAAAUGGAUGUUCCACCAGAUGACUCAUCCUUAUCAAAUGCAUCACAACUAGAAGAACAGCAGGUACCUUCUCUUCCAUCAUCAAUUGUGUCUACUGAAAUUUCAAGUUCUUACCCUUCACCAGAAAGUUCCAGGAGAUCAAAUGCAUCCGCAGCUUCACCGUCACUAUAUCCCGAUUGGGAACUUGCCACUGUUAAUUCCUCCAGUUGUGAUGGUAGGCUCCAGUACUUGACAUCUGCUUUGAAAUCCUGUGUGGGAUCUUCACAACAGGAAAUAUGUGAACCUGCACAAUGUGACCAAAAAGGAAUUCCCUCUGGAUCACAUGAGAACUUGACAGCAGAAGCCCCACAGUUUACUUUUACUGGAGAAAAUGCCAGGACAGCAGAACAAUUAACAGUUCUAACCACAUCUGAAAAAGAACAACAAAAUUCUGAUGAAAUGGAACAGUUGUACAAAUCCUUAGAGCAAGCCAGUCUUUCACCUAUUGGAAAACGUCGGCCUUCAUCAAGAAAGGAUUACAGGAGAUCAUUUAUAAAACGUAGCAAUAAUCCUGUUGUUAAUGAAAGAUUGCACAAAUUCAGAACUUUGAACAGUACUUUGAAGUCCAAAGAAGCAGACUUGGCCAUCAUAAACCAACUCUUCGAAAGUUCGGACAUAACCUCAGAGAACUUCAGACAGUGGAAGGAAGAUUACUCUUUGUUGAUGCAGGAUAUCUGUAAAGCAUACCAAGCUAAAACCUAUUCAGAAAAUAAAAAUAAUGCUGCAGAGGAUCAGCCAUCAUCCCAUAUAGAAACAGACAUUUAAGAGUUGAGAAUGACUUCACCAAACAUGGUACUUAAUAGUCUUAGUCAAGCUUUACAGCUUAACAAAGCACUAAGAGACAUUGGAUUUCCAAUCUGCUGAUACUUUGAGCACAGUGAAGGCCAUCAACUGAUUAAUAGUGUUUGUUGUGUUUAGAAGUAGACAUGUAAAGACCUUUUUGUCUACAGUAUAGGACUUACAAAUGAUUAUUUAACUUAUGCGCUAUGGCACUGAUAGUUGUCAGUUACUGUUUUAUUUGUAAGUAUAAAAGAUUCACAGGUGUGUGGUUGAGGACAUUCUCCAGGUAAAAAUACAAUCGUGCAAGCAUUCAUACAUUCUAUUUUUGUGAUACUCUAUUUAUUCUGCAUUCAGUAUUGGCCUUCAAGUGAUCACAGCUAUUGAAAUUUGUUUUCACACAACAUAAUAGUUGGUAUGUGUGAAAUUUCAUUGAAGGAGUUGUGAAGGUACUGAUGUUUUCUCAACUAAAGACCAAUUCAUGUGUUCGACUUGUUAGUUCUUGAAUAAAGCAAACUUUGUACUUUGUACAGAUGUGAACAAAGCCUACAUUUACGUUAUAUUUUAAUUGUACUAGUCAGAGCUAUGUCAUAAAACAGAAUAAACUGAAAAAAAAAGU